AUGUCCAGCAAUCCAGUGUGCAUUCAUGAUUUUGAAAAACAUGCGAAAGAUAUCCUACCCAAAGCAGUCUAUGAUUAUUACUCUUCAGGAGCAGAUGACCAACAGACCUUAAGGGACAAUACUGCUGCUUUCUCCAGAUGGCAAAUCUGCCCACGUGUUCUUAGGGAUGUGUCAAGUGUGGACUUAUCUGCAACUAUCUUGGGGCAGAGAAUUAGCAUGCCAAUUUGUGUUUCUGCUACAGCUAUGCAACGGAUGGCACAUCCAGAAGGAGAAGUGGCAACAGUGAAAGCCUGCAGCUCACAGGGCACGGGCAUGAUGCUCAGCACCUGGGCUACGUCCAGCAUCGAGCAGGUGGCGGGAGCUGCACCCGGUGCUCUCCGUUGGCUGCAGUUAUACAUCUACAAGGACCGGAUGCUGACCAAGUCUCUUGUAAGAAGAGCUGAGAAGGCAGGCUACCAAGGAAUCUUUCUGACCGUAGACACACCGUACCUGGGGAAACGCUUAGCGGACGUGCGAAACAAGUUUAAGCUGCCCCCACACCUCAGGAUGGCAAACUUCGAGAGCCUUGAUUUGGCAUUUUCCAAAAAGGACUAUGGAGAGGACAGUGGACUCGCUGUUUACACAGCCAAUGCGAUUGACCCCACUAUAAAAUGGCAGGAUAUUGACUGGCUGAGUCAACUGACCAAACUACCUAUUGUUCUCAAGGGCAUCUUGAGAGCCGAUGAUGCCAGAGAAGCGGUUAAGCAUGGAAUUGUUGGAAUACUUGUAUCAAAUCAUGGAGCAAGGCAACUGGAUUGUGUACCAGCAACUAUUGAUGCCCUUGCUGAGAUCACUGCAGCUGUGGAAGGGAAGGUCGAAGUCUUCUUGGAUGGCGGUGUGCGGAGGGGCACUGAUGUGCUGAAAGCUCUUGCCUUGGGUGCCAAGGCUGUUUUUGUGGGGAGACCGAUUCUGUGGGGUUUGGCUUAUAAGGGAGAAGAAGGUGUUCAUAAAGUAUUAGACAUACUAAAGGAAGAAUUCAAGCUAGCCUUGGCUUUGGCAGGAUGUCGCAAUGUGAAUGAAGUUGACAAGUCUCUUGUGAAGAGGAGUCCCUGGGCAACACCACGGAUCUGAAGCCAGUCAUUGCUGGAAUGACAGGGAGAAUUAGCUGCAGACUGUCAGAUCCAUCCAAGGGGAGAAUGCAUUCCAGAUGGAAAAUUAUCUUUAGGUGAAACCACUGUAAUCAUGAAAGCAUUGUUUCUUAGUCCUUGUGAUAUCUUGAUUUACUGCAUUAUUUACAACUGGAAAAUGGACAAUAUGAUAUAUUUGCCUUAUUGUUCUCUAGCUUUUUAUCUAAGAUAAAAUCAGGUGCCAGGUGGUCAGGCAUGAUAAUAAAUAACAAAGAAAAUACUGGAAGUAGUCAGCAGGUCAGUCAGCAUCUGUGAAGCAGAGUUAAACUUCAAGGUCAAAAACCAGAGAAUAAAACCUCCCUGAUCAUGAUAAAUGUGUUGUGUGGUGGAGAUACGUCUUUACCAAAGGAAGGGUAAGGCACUCUUUCUCUACUAGCCUGCAGGUCAUCCUUGGGCAUCAUGCAGCACUUGCUUAGCUCCCCCAGGUCAGAGUCAUGUGAAGCCAUGGGAACAGGUGUGACUGGUUGUAUGAGCAGCUGGUUCAUAUCACAGGUCUUGGUUAAGUGACCACUGACACCAGGCAGACAAUGUCUGAAGAGUCUUGAUAAUGGCUGGGGUCACCCAUCUUGUAAAGACA